AUGGAGGGCUGGGGAGGUUCCACCUCAUCAGGAACCAUUGAAGACAAACCGAAUGAGAGCAAUUCUACAUCAACGCCCAUAGCCAACAGGUCGUGUGAGAAUCUGGACUGCUACAUGGUCCUGAUCCAGGCCGAGAAAACAGCCAUCGGCUCCAUCUGCUUUCUGGCUGGUCCCAUCACCCUGCUGGAAAACGUUCUGGUGCUGUGCGUGAUCGCCACCACGGCCUCACUGCGACAGCGACCUUCCUAUUUGUUCAUCGGGAGCCUCGCCCUGGCUGACGUCUUCGCCAGUUUCUUCUUCACCACCAGCUUCCUGGAAUUCCACCUGUUCCGCCGCAGCGAUGGCCCCACAGCCUACCUCUUCAAGCUGGGUGGCGUCACCAUGGCCUUCACUGGCUCGGUGGGCAGUUUGCUGCUGACCGCCCUCGACCGCUACCUCUGCAUACACCAGGCCCCAAAAUACAAGGUGCUGCUGACCCGUCGCCGCGCCCUGCUGAGCUUGCUGGUGCUGUGGGGCGUCUCCACCUUCAUCUCAUUUCUACCCCUCAUGGGCUGGAGGUGCCACACGGGACUGACCCCGCCCUGCUCAUGCCUAUUCCCUUACAUCAACCGGAGCUACAUGGCCUUCUGGACCAGCUUCAUCCUAGUGGUACUGGCUCUAAUCCUGGGGGCCUAUGCGCUCAUCUUGUGGGAUGCCCACCACCAUGAAGCCACCAUGUCCAGCCUCCAGGCGAUGGGGGCAGGUCAGGCCCGCAUGAGGAUGGACAUCCGUCUUGCACGUACGUUUGGUCUGAUACUUCUCAUUUUGGUGGGGUGUUGGCUUCCCGCGCUCUCCUUCAUGUUGGCUGACGUCUCUGUGCUGCUGACGCAUGCCCAGCAGAGGGCCUUCGCCUUCUGCAGCACCCUCUGCCUGGUUAACUCCGCCGUCAACCCUCUCCUGUACGCCCUGCGCUGCCGAGAGCUGAGACUUGCUCUGAUGCGGCUGUCGAGGGCGCUGUUCAAGUUUGGCGGUUGCCAGAAAGCCACGGGGGACUCAACCUCAGCCCUGCCGUCAGGAGAAGACAACAGCUGUGCUACUUUCUCGCAGGGAGACACAUCAGUGAUGGACAACAGCCAAUUGAACUCUGUCUCGGGAAGAGUGGACAGGCAGCAGCUGAGCUCUCUAAAAUGA